GUGUUACAAGAUCUGGGCUGGUGUUAUCAGUUCUCAUCGUGAUAACGGAACAAGCUGGUUGCAGCCAUGACGCCUCACACCUAACAUCAUGGAAACUGAGACGAUUAUUAUCGUGAGCGUGUUCGGAGGCGCUUGGUUGGUGCUGUUAGUGCUGUGUGUGGUUCUAUUCAUCCAAGUCGCCGGCCUCAGGAGGAAAGUCGCGGACCUUUGCAACAGCGGGAGACUGCGAGUCCAGAAACUCAAGAUGAGUCCAAACAAGGACUUCGCGUUCACCAACCCCGGCCUCACACCCGAUGAAGAGUUGUCUCGGCGCGGGUACUCCAUGUAUCAAGCGUCUGAUGAUGACAUUGAGAGCGGCCGGGGCACAGAGCGGCAGACAGAGAGACAGAGCGACGGACAAGAUCAGGGACAUGCGAAUGGGAAGUUCGUAGACGAGCUGACACGCGAGCUGGACUCCAGGCAGCAGAAGCAGCAAGCGCCAGCCUUCCUGCUCACCAGCAUACAGAACAGCAAACUCAGGAGGGACAGGGAGAGAAACGGAAGAGAGAGCGAAACCAACCCUAACUUCAUUUAUUAAACGAAAUCCACAUUUACUGCCAACAACCGACUCGCCGUGGCUGCAUUCAGUUUACUGUCUUCCGUAGUAAUCGGUUUUAAAUGAAUAUUGCAUUUGCAAUCAGACAAUCAGACCUUCCACUAACUUCUCUCGUGAUGAUGCUUUUGCUCGUUCUUGUCCAAGUACGACGUCUAUGAUAUUGUGUAUAAUUUGAGUACAGAGGACGCCACACUGUCUUAUUUUAUGCACAAUUUCAAUACAAAUAUUAUGAGCGAAAAUAUAUUACCUAUUUAUAUAUUAAUAUAUAUUUUAGAUAGGUAUUAAGAAGUAACAAUAAAGUAUUUUAAGUUA